UUCUCCUGUCCUGUCUGCGGGAAGGCCUUCAAACAUUCCUCCCACCUGUUGGCCCACCAGCAGAACCACACGGGGGAAAGGCCCUUCAGCUGCCCAGAGUGCGGGAAGGCCUUCAGCACAUCCUCCCAUCUGCUGACCCACCAGCGGGUCCACAUGGGGGAAAGGCCCUUCAGCUGCCCCGAGUGCGGGAAGGCCUUUACCCAGGCUUCCACCCUGCUGACCCACCAGCGGGUCCACACGGGGGAGAGGCCCUUCAGCUGCCCCGAGUGCGGGAAGGCCUUUACCCAGGCUUCCUCCCUGCUGAGGCACCAGCGUGUCCACACGGGGGAAAGGCCCUUCAGCUGCCCUGAGUGUGGGAAGGGCUUCAGACAUUCCUCCACCCUACUGACCCACCAACGGGUCCACACGGGGGAGAGGCCGUUUACUUGCUCUCAGUGCGGGAAGGGUUUCACCUGCUCCUCCCAUCUGCUGACCCACCAGCAGGUCCACAUGGGGGAGACGCCCUUCACCUGCUCUCAGUGCGGGAAGGGCUUCAGGUAUUCCUCCCACCUGCUGAGGCACCAGCGAGUCCACACAGGGGAGAGACCAUUCAGCUGCCCCGAGUGUGGGAAGGCCUUCAGCAAUUUCUCCACCCUGUUGGCCCACCAGCGGGUCCAAAUGGGGGAGAGACCAUUCACCUGCUCUCAGUGCGGGAAAGGCUUCACCUGCUCCUCCGCCCUGCGGAGCCACCAGCAUGUCCACACGGGGGAGAGACCCUUCAGCUGCCCAGAGUGUGGGAAGGCCUUCAGCAAUUCCUCCCACCUGCUGACCCACCGACGGGUCCACACAGGGGAAAGGCCCUUAAGCUGCCCUGAGUGUGGGAGGGCUUUUAGCGAUUCCUCCUCCCUGCGGAGGCACCAGCGGGUCCACAUGGGGGAGAGGCCGUUCACCUGCUCUCAGUGUGGGAAGGCCUUCAGUGAUUCCUCCCACCUGCUGACCCACCAGCGGGUCCACACCGGGGAGAGGCCCUUCAGCUGCCCUGAGUGUGGGAAGGCCUUCAGGAAUUCCUCCACCCUGUUGACCCACCAGCAGAUCCACACGGGGGAGAGGCCAUUCACCUGCUCUCAGUGCGGGAAGGGCUUCACCUGCUCCUCCGCCCUGCUGAGGCACCAGCGGGUCCACACGGGGGAGAGGCCCUUCAGCUGCCCUGAUUGUGGGAAGGCCUUUACACAGGCCUCCACCCUGCUGAGGCACCAGCGUAUCCACAUGGGGGAGAGGCAGUUCAGCUGCUCUCAAUGCAGGAAGAGCUUCAACUGCUCCUCCCACCUGCUGACCCACCAGCAGGUCCACAAGGGGGAGAGGCCCUUCACCUGCUCUCAGUGCGGGAAGGACUUUAGGUAUUCCUCCCAUCUGCUGACCCACCGGCGGGUCCACACGGGAGAGAGGCCCUUCAGCUGCCCCGAGUGCGGGAAGGCCUUCAGGUAUUCCUCCCAUCUGCUGACCCAUCAGCGGAUCCACACGGGAGAGAGGCCCUUCAGCUGCCCCAAGUGCGGAAAGGGCUUCAGCACAUCCUCCACCCUGCUGAGGCAUCAAUGGAUCCACACCGGGGAGAGGCCGUUCACCUGCUCUCAGUGCGGGAAGGGCUUCACCUACUCCUCCCAGCUGCGGAAGCACCAGCGAGUUCACGUGCCAUCGCAGGGGGAUUGAAGGAGUGAAGGCUGAGUGCCAUUAUCGAUUGGACUACCAACCCAUUUCCGGGGACUCCCGGGUUUGAAUCCCGCCAUGACAGAUGGCAGAAUUGGUAUUCAGUCAGAAAUGUGGAGUUCGAAAUUUAACAAUGAGACCGUUUCAGGGAGGGGGUGGUGCAGGGGAGAAAGCCCCCAUCUGAUUCCGUCUCCCUUGUUAGGGAAGGGAACCGCCAUUGUGGGAAAGGAUUCACUCAGUCGUUCCAGGGGAGAAACUUACUUGGAGACAGAGUAUGCGUUGAAAUUGCUGAGUGAGGCAAUACUUCCUCCGGGUUACGGCGGUACCAAGGAUCCAGUUACAAAGGGACAACUUGGUGCUGGCCAAUAUUAAAGACAGUGGGGGGACGGGGGAAACAGGGGAGGUGUGGUGUGUGCACUUUCACCUUGAGCUCAAAAAGCAACUUCUUUUUCUCUGCCUUUUUGCUGGGGGGAUCCAAAGCUGUAACAAAGUUGGGUUGCAAUAAAGGAUACCUGAACUUA